AUGAUCUUGGGCAAAAGAGGUUCAAAUUUGCAGAUGAAUGUUGCUGGUUGCCCGUACAAACCUGUCGACCUCAUCCUUCUCGAUCUCAAAGUCAACAAAAUCAAACAAAGAGGUCAAGUAUUUCACGUCAGCCUUAACGCCAAAGUCAACGUUCACAAAGAGAAUGCUCAACUUACUGUCAUCGAUCUUAACAUCGACUUAACCCUUCCUGACGCGAAACUAGACGGUCGUUGCCCAGAAUCCGGUGAAGAAAUCAUCGUGGCUUGCUCUCGCCAAAUCCGGUAUCCAAUCGCGAAAAUCAACCAAGGUAUUCGUAGAUUCGAUGAUAGGGAGGCUCUUUAUGUUGAUUUGGACGGCUAA